GGUUUUGAUUAUAUGAGUAGUUGAACGUUUUAAUUUAGCAAUGGCGAUUCUUCACUUGUCACUGAUCUCCACUAUUACAUGUUCACAACGAAGAAGAACGACUAAGGCUUCACAAGAUUCCGUCAAAACACAGAAGACUCUUAUUGCGACAAACUCCGGCUCCUCCUUCAGAUUAUGUCCCUGCGGAAGAAGGCAUUUCAUAGGAGCUGUGCCGCUUCUUCCCCUGUCUCCCUCCUACGCUGCUUCUAGCUCAACGGAAGAUUUUAAAAGUUUGCGUCCUCCAAAGCCAGACUGGUAUGAUGAGCUCUUUGCUUGGUCUAUGGAUACUAGUAUGGAAUCAUACGAGAAAGAGAUUUUGAGUUACAAGAUGAAACUCUUUGAUAAUUUGGUGGGAAAAGCAGAAAAGGUUUUGGAGAUUGGCGUUGGAACAGGUCCUAACUUCAAAUACUACUCAGCUAUUCCAAACGUUUCUGUUCUUGGUGUUGAUCCCAACGCUAAAAUGGAGAGUUAUGCGCGUAAAUCCGCAGCACAAGCAGGGCUGAAACCAGAAGAUUUCAGCUUCAUUCGUGCGGUCGCAGAAGCUAUACCAUUAGAAAAUGCAUCGGUUGAUGCAGUUGUGGGGACUCUCGUGCUUUGUUCUGUGGCAGAUGUCACUAGAACGCUCAAUGAGGUAAAACGGGUACUAAGACCGGGUGGGGUUUACCUUUUCAUAGAACAUGUUGCAGGAGAAGAUGGAUCAUUUUUGAGGUUAGUGCAGAAUGUGUUGGACCCAUUGCAACAAGUUGUUGCUGAUGGAUGUCACUUGACGAGGUGCACUGGAGAUUAUAUUUUAGAAGCUCGGUUUAAUGGCGGUGCAGAUAUCAAUAAGGCCUCUCUUUCUAGCUUGGCUUACUUAAGCUCUCAUGUCUAUGGGGUCGCUUACAAUUAGAAAAAAAAAAGGACAGUGUCUUAGACUCAUCCUUAAGGUAUGCUGAUGAUUGUACAUACACAAUGCUAUAAAUAAAUUUGAUGGUUUGUGGCCUAUUUUAUAGAGUAUAGAUAAGUCUAAUAUCGAUAUGGGUGUCAUUCUUGAAUUAGACUACUAUUGUAUUAUUUUAGAAGCUUUAGUUUUCAAAGUAUAACUCUGCAAUGUUUGAGGUUGAGUUCCAUGUCCUGAGAUCAGAUCUCUAGAACUCUGGAGACAAUUCAAAAGGCUAAGGUCUGAGAUUGUAUGAUAAUUGUGGCCAUUAUGAUGAUGACUCAAGUGCACUCAACGCUUUUCCUCUGUCAUCACUCACAUAUUCGCCUUGCGGUGCAAUUAGAGCUUCACGAGAUCAUGUUCGUGCUGACACUCUAAAAAGUCACAUUCCUUUAGGCUCUUCAUCCAGAUCGCUUGUGUUCAUGUGGAAGAAAACAUUUUAUUGAAGCAGCUAACUGGACUUUGUCAUUGCUUCCCAUCUAUUCUCCUAGUGCUUCGUGAUCAAGGAUGUUUCAGAAACAUUUCAUCCUCAGGGGACAGAUUGGUAUAAGGAGCCUUUUGCUUGGUUUUUGAGCACAGGGAUGCGAUCCUAUGAAUCAGAGGUAAGUCUUUUGUGUCUUGGAUGCAUCACUCUUUGAUCCCUUUCUUGAUUUUUCAGUUAUAUUUUUAAUUACUAUACCUUCUCAUAAAUUAUUAUACCUUCACAAAAGAGAGUUUUCUGUUUUUAUGUUUGUGUUAUUGGAUAAGAUCGCCUAUUACAAUAGGAGACUUUUCGAUAAUCUGAGUGGUAAAGCAGAAAAAAGUGCUGGAUAUUUGUGUUGGUACAGGUCCUAAUCUGAAGUACUAUUCUGCAAUGAAAACUUCUGUGUUUUCGGUAUGAAACCUGAAACCUGAAAACUGCACAUUCACAUUCAUGCAAGGAGUGAGUGUUAAAAGGAUGUUUUUUAGUUUUUUGUUUUUGGGGGUGCAGAUGGAUCUUUUUUCAGGCAUUUCCAAAAACGUUUUGGAUCCAUUACAGCAAGUAGUUGCAGGCGGAAGUCAUCUAAAGAGAAACACCAGUUUAUACAUUUCGGCUGCCGGUUUUGAUGGUGGCACAGAGAUCAAUACGACGGCAAUGUAUAGCUUCCCUUGGAUAAUAAGACCUCAUGUCUAUGGAGUGGCGUACAAGUAACUAUGCAAGUAACACGCAAGGUAAUAUAAAGAUUCAUGAGCUGAUUUUAGAAAAUCUAUAGUUCAGUUUUCAAAACAGUCUAUUUUAUGCAACUCCUACUCUUUGUUACAAGUUAUGCAACUCCUUGUUACUCUUUGUUACAAGUUAUAACUUGUAACACAAGUCUCACACGAAAAAACACCAUAAUCUCUUCUCCUUUAA